AUGGGAAGCGCUAGGAGGCUUGCUUUGUUUUAUUUGUUUUGCAUUCAAAUCCUUGGCAAAGGCAGCGGUGGUUUCGGAAAGGGUGGUGGCAUUGGGGCUGGAGUCGGAGGAGGAGCUGCGGGUGUAGGUGCAGGAAUUGGAAAAGGUGGGGUAGCUGUCGUGGGCAUUGGAAAAGGAGGAGGAGGCAUUGACAAGGGAGCUGGUGGUGGGUUCGAAAAAGGCGGUAGGGCUGGUGGUGGUGGAAAAGGCGGCGGAGCUGGUGGGGGAUUUGGAAAAGGUGGCGUUGUAGGCGGAGGAGCUGGUGGUGGAUUUGGACAUAUGGGUUCAAGAAAUGGAAGUGGUGCUGGCGGUGGCUUCGGAAAGGGUGGUGGCGGUCCUGAUAAUGUUCUAUUUCUG